AUGGCUGGUUUCCGAUAUCGACCAGAGCUCCUCGACGGGAUCUCAGAACAUGAGCUGGCAUAUCUCAAGCAAUAUGAAGACUGGUUUAUACUGGAAGCAGACGACUUGAAGAGGAUCACAGAUCAUUUUGUGAAAGAAUUGGAAAAAGGGCUCACAAAAGAAGGUGGCAAUAUUCCCAUGAAUAUAACCUGGGUGAUGAGGUUUCCCUCAGGUCAUGAGACGGGCCGAGUCCUGACUAUCGAUUUGGGAGGAACAAACCUACGUGUUUGUGAUGUCUGUCUGUCAUCGCGCAAAAGAGAUUUUGAGCAAACCCAGCGGAAGUUCAAGCUGCCAGAUGAAGUCAAAACGGGAACCAACUUGCAGUUGUGGGAUUUUAUAGCAGGUCGCUUGGAGUUGUUUCUCCACGAACAUCACCAAGGGGGCCAGAACGGAGGAAUAAUUCCACUAUCCUUUACCUUCUCAUUUCCCGUUGAUCAAAAAUCAAUAAAUAGCGGGAUUCUCCAGCGCUGGACGAAGAAUUUCAAUGUCUCAGGAGUUGAGGGAGAAGAUAUCAUUCCCCAGCUUCGGGCUGCGUUCCAACGAAAAAACCUACCCGUGAGAAUCGUAGCACUGAUCAAUGACACAACAGGAACGCUCAUUGCAUCACAUUAUCGAGACCCCCAAGUCAAAAUUGGGAGCAUUUUCAGCACGGGAUGCAAUGCUGCCUAUAUGGAAGAAAUAAAAUUGAUCCCUAAGCUGAAGGAUGCUGGUUUACCUGAAAAUACCAAGGUCGUUAUUAACACCGAGUAUGGGGCGUUCGAUAAUGACCGCAAAGUCCUCCCAUUGACCCCAUUUGAUCGGAAGAUUGACUCUCAAUCGUCGCGGCCUGGCACUCAGAUUUAUGAGAAGAUGGUCUCUGGACUAUACAUUGGCGAAAUGCUUCGGCUUAUCCUUGUCACCUUACAUGAAGAAGGGCGGCUGUUCAAGGGCCAAGAUAUCAGUCGUCUUCGACACGAGAAUGCCCUGGAAGCCUCCUUUCUCUCUGUUGCUGAGAUGGACGUCUCUGAUGACUUGGAUGACAUGCGCGAAGAAUUUGAAGAGAGCCUGAGUCUAUCACCAAAAGUGUACGAGUUGAAGAUUUGUCGAUAUCUUAUUGGAUUAGUUGCAACUCGAGCUGCACGCCUAUACGCAUGUGGAAUUGCAGCCAUCUGCAAAAAGAAGAAUAUACGAAGAUGCCAUGUUGGGGUGGAUGGAUCAGUGUUCAACAAAUAUAGUGGUUUUAAGGGACGAGCGGCGCAAGGACUUCGUGACAUAUUUGAUUGGCCUCCCGAUGAGCUUGAAUUGAUUGCCCUCAACACGGCCGAGGACGGCUCAGGCGUCGGGGCUGCAUUAGCCGCGGCACUGAUUCUUGAGGGCGAACAAAAGGCAAAGACAUUGUGA